AUGAAUAAGGAAAUGUGUAUAAGGUUCAAGAAUGUAAGAGAAUGGAUUUCCGAUGAAUUGAUUGAAGGAAAUUAUCAAUUUAAAGAUAAUAAUUUUUUAAAUAAUGAUUGUAAUCGUGAUAAUAUUUUAAAUAAUUCUUGUAAUAAUUUUAAAAGUGAUUUCGAUAAAAUAAGUGCUGGAUGUUUAUAUUUGUUGGAUCAAUUAUAUAGGGAUUGUGGUGUGACUCCCUCUCCUGCAAGAAAUAACAUCAAUAUUGUUGAUUACAUUUUGAUAUGGUUAAGUUACAUGUUAAACCUGGACAAAACUAAAAAAAACAAGAAUAUAAAUGAUUUUUAUAGUACAUACAUAAAUAGUUGUGAUAAGUAUAUGAUCCAAAUAAGUGAAUUAACUGAAUAUGAUAAUUAUAAGGGUCUUAUAGAUGCAAGAAAUUAUUUGUUGUAUAUGAAUAGUAAUCUUGUAUCUAAAUUUUAUAAAGCAUUUAAAUCAUUAUGUGAAAUGUAUAAUGAACUUGAUGAUGACAAUCAAAAUUGCAAUAAUUAUUUGGAAGAUGAUAAUGAAUUUUUUAAAAAAUAUGAUGAACUUAACAAAGAUUCUGAUAUUAAUAAAAAAGAUUCAUACCGUCAACUAUUAUCUACUUUAUUAACUGAUUAUUAUAAUUUUAAAACGGAAUGUAAAAGUGCUCAAGAAAGAAAACAUAAAGACACUACAGAAACAAUUAAACAAACAUAUCCUGUAGGUGGUGAACUACCUGAAGGAUAUGUACUACCUGAAGGAUAUGGACUAACUGAACAAUCUGGAGAAACUGGACAUAUUUCUGAAGUUACAUCAAGUUCGUCGAUAGUAAGCAAAUUAAUUCCAGUUGUGUCGAUAUUUGCUGCAAUAUCAAUUUUUUUAGGAAUUUCUUAUAAGUAUUCAUUAUUUGGAUUUCGGAAAAGAGUUCAAAAACAUUUAAGAAAAAUACUAAAAAAAUAA